AUUCGCUUUUUAUUUUAAAAUCUUCAUGAUUGUAUUUAUUGUUUAUUUUUUUGCUUUUUUCUUUGUUUAAAUCAAACUGUAGGCGGAAAGUAUAUCCAUAUAUGUACAUAUAAAGAUAUAAAACAUAUAUAAAUAGCUUUUAAAUAUCCUGGCUAUAAGUCUGAGAAGUGGGAACGUUUAGUUUCAUCCUCAAGUAUUUUAUUAUAUAGUAUUAAAUCAUUGUCAAAUGAAUCAGUUUUCAGUUGCUUAGGAUUUCAGCGCUUUAUAUAAAUUCGUAUGCCUAAUGAAUCUAGAAAUUAAGUUUAGCGACAGAAAUAAAACUGAAUGUGCAUAUAAUAGCAAUUGAAUAUUUUUCAAGUUGUUUCUGUAAAAAAUUCAGUAUGGUUGUCAAAAUAUUGAAUAAAUAAUAUUCUUAUAUUUCAUAAUAUAGACUAGACUAAGCUAAUAGCCAUUGUUUUGGGUUUUCAUGUUUUCAUUCAUUCAAUUCGAUUCAGUUUAAACAUAUGCUAUAUUUAGAUCCAGAGAUCUUUAAUACUUUUGCUUACAGCAUAUAUGUUCUAUAUUUGUAUCCACAUAUAUAUUCUGUCAUUUGGUUUUGUGUUGUGUCAAUAGACGUUGCCAAUAUCUGAACAAAAGUUGAAUAAAUGACCCUCCACUGGAACUAUCUAGCUUUAUGGCUGUUAUGUAUUGUGGGCGCGUUACAGCCCAUAAAAUCAAGUGAAUACAUAGGCAGGCCCAUUCCGAGACACGACAAAUGGUCGCAGGCGAUUAAGGGGGACUAUAUACCGAUGCAAUUUUACGAUGCGAUGCGAUCAGCGGAGAACUCCAAGCUAGAUUUUCAAAAUCAAGUGAGAAACUUCAGAGAGCAUCUUCAGAGAAAUCUGACUAUGUCAAAUGUUCUUUCGCUCGGACAUGAAAAUCAGCUAAAUACACAGCAUCAGAGAACAAAGUUACACGAAUUGUCCGAGUUCUUCUAUGCAGCAGCUGAUGCAGCUAGAAUAUUUGCACGAGAUUCCGAAACUUCCUACGAAUUUGCGAAGAACUCAAGCUAUACGCUAUUGCUGCAGCUUCGACAGAUACCAUCGACGCAGCCGAUUCCAGUCAAAAUGCUUCUAACUAAUUAUUUUGCAGAAAUGGAAUUCUUUCACAUCAUGUUUUCCGAGAUCAUUGACGAAGCCCUAGAAUAUACGCAGAACAUUUUACUCGCUACCCAAAAGACCUUCACAUAUUACGCCGAUGUCCAGCGAUUCGUUCUGCAGAAUUGGAACUUUAAGGGUGACGUAGGCUGCUGUCAAGAGUAUAUGGAGUUCCUGAAGCACUAUUCCGACCAAAUCUUCAAGUGCGCAGCCGGACGUGGCCUCAACGUGGCAUUCGAUGUGUUCGCCAUGACCGAGCUGACGAGCAAAUAUGUUAUGCGACAGCUCGAGUUUCGUAUUCAACGGCUUUUCAACUGUCUUUAUUUGGGAAGUUAUGAAAUCCGAUGCAAAUUUCUACUAAAUGCCGAAAAAGAUUUCGAAAUGUUGUUCACCAAAAUUGAGGAGCUCGAAAUAUUCUAUGACCUCAGAAUGAAAAAUGGACGAGUGUCAGCCCUUCGACAACGACGCCAAAACCACAUUGAAGAGGCGGCGCCAACUGGAGUAAAAGCACAGGACAAUUGUAUUCCGCUCGACUUUCCACGCAGCCAAAUGCAUAAAAGUUUAAAGCAAUGUUUUUAUAGCAUAACAGAAUAUUAAUAUAUUUUUGUUUUUAUAUACAUA